AUGGCACGCGCGACGUCCAACUCACUCUCUCACUCACCAAGUUUGAGCAAGAUGUUAGUGCAUGGCGGCGAUACCAUUGUCGCUCCUGUAAAAGAAGCAUAUUUCGCGUUUGCUCUGAUAAAAGGCAAUGUUUUCCUCGUCCAAGUGUCGCACGCGACCCCAGCGUCUGCGCUGACCACCGUCGAUGUUAAAAUAUUCCGACACGAGUUUAUAACAAUAUUUCGCUUCUCAGAAGCCACUUCUUUACACCCCGCAGACAUCUGCAUCCUGGAGCCCAUUGAUGAAAAGCUCACACGUUAUGAGGAAGAAAAUGAGACGGUCUUUUUGGCAAAGGAUCUCAUGGAUAAGCUGCGGAAGAUGACGGACCCGCGGAGGAGAUUUCAAUCUCGCCGAUGUUCAAUGCAACGACAGCGGCAAUGGUGA